AUAUAAAAAGGACGAAUACAAUAUUUAAUUCAGUCUGGCGAUAAUAUUUGUUUUCUAAAAUCGCGAUUUGAAGAUUGCCAGGUUAAGUAUAAUUAUUUUUCCUGCAGAGGAUUCAAACAGAAAAAGAGGUUGUACAUUUCGAUUUUGUACUGAUAUACAUUUAAAAGAAGAAGCGUACGGCGUCGGUAGCACCGCUCCAUUGCACACCCCAUUAACAACGCUACCAUCAUCAUCCAACCAGCUCAGCUGUAGGCGCUCUUUCAAUUUAGGUGGCACGCUCAGCUGUGCGUUUUGCGUUUGCUUAUCUGUACCGCCGUCACGUUCAUUGUGCGCUCAAUUUUGAUGUUGACUUUAUAAUCGGUUGCCAAAACAUUCUAUCACAGCUGAUUAGACAUGAGCUCAUCAAAGGAAGAAGCAUUUGCCAACAUCGCUCUUGUAGUGCGCUCCCUAGUACAAUCUCAAAAGCCACCAGUAACACUAAAUUCCGUUCUACGAGAUUACAAGGACGUAGAGGGGAAGCCAUUACCCUUUCGACAGUUUGGGUUUUUCGAUGCCCAGGCAUUACUGGCGGCUACAGGGGAAUUCAAAUUCAAUCAAUACAAUAAUGAGCUCUAUAUAACGGCAAAAAUAAGCGGAAAGUCGGAACACAUUGUGAAUGCAGUGCGCAAUCAGAAGAAGCAGAGAUCUAAACAAGGCCCUUCACGUGCCCCUGCAAUUCGUCGCUUUGGAGUAGGAGGAGGGUCUAGUGACUUCAGUGGACGCAUCAAUUACAGUUACGCGCAGCAGAUUUUCCAACAACAACAAGCACAGCGGAAACAACAACUCGCCCAACAACAGCAACAACAGCAACAGCAGCAACAACUCGCUCAAAAACAGCAGGCACUGAAACAACAACAGCUUGAGGCGCAACAAAAACAAGAACAAGAGCAGUUCCUAAAGAGGCAGGAGAAGAAGUACGGGGCACUGCAGCAGCAGUUAGAGUAUUUGCGCAAAAGUCAAAACGAACAAAAGGCUGAACUACAGACCAAGCUCGAUCGUCAGCUAAAGGAGCUGCAGGAGCGCCAAGGACGCAAUUUCCAGGAACAGGCACAAGUAGUGCGAAAACUAAGGGAAGAGGUUGAAGAACUGCUGCGGGAAAAGCAAAACCUAGAGUACGUGCAGUACCAGCAGCAUCGCAAAAAACUAACUGCUCUAGAACAUCAGAAUCACGAGCGUGAAAAAGAAACAGCUUCACUCAAAGCCAAGCACGCGGAACAACAGCGGCAACUGCAAGAAAGCUCAAGGAAUUUAGAAGACGAGCCCAAUCUAAGGGCGUCAGAGUUCAAGCUGGCAUCCGAAGAAAAAGACGAAAAUCUCAGCAUUAACAUUACCAGCGAUCGGUGUCGAUCGCCUUUAACGGCUUCAAAGCUGUCUGAUCGUGCUUCCAAACAGCAAUCGAGUGGGCCCAAGUCGAAGCCACCGGUGGAGGAGGUGGUCCACCCGCAAACUGUUGAAGAGAAGAUCGUCAGCGAAGGGCUGCUGAAGAUCAGAAUUUCAAAUAAUUACUUUCAGCCUACGCUUGCAUCGCGGCUUGGUGCGCCUAAUCAGCCGCCAGGUGAUCGUUCAGUACCGACCAUGAAUGGAAAUACACGUGCAACGACUCCACAGCGCAAGCCGCUGAUGGAAAAGCCUCCUUUGCGUCCUAUAUUGGGGCACAGUGCGCAUCUGCGAACAGGGAGCGAUCAUUUACUAAUGACGCCAUUAAGUACGCCCACGUACAAGCGUCAUUCCCAUUUGAAUAAUUCAGUGGCGAACAAGUCGCUGCAAGCUGCUGGCACAGGUAGGACCCCACCGGCUGGGAUAACCAGUGGAUCGAAAUCGGUGAACGAUAGACUGAAAAUGAAGCUGCCAGUGGCCACGUCAGCUGAACUGAUGACGCCACCCGCCACUCCUGAAAGCAGCAAAUCCAAAGGUGCCUCUUCUCUGGUCUCCAGCGAGCUGCGAUUACCGUCGCAUGCCUUGGAAACCCCGAAAACGCAUCAAAUGGUAGCUCGGAGCAAACCGAACAAGUCCCGGGUUCCGUUCAACUUUGAUGCGAUUCGCGAUCCUGUAGCCUGCUUGCAGCAAUACUGUAUGGAUCGCAAUUAUGACCCACCCUCGUAUAAGAUUUAUCGUACCGGAAUGAGCGUGCAUUGCACCAUCCGCAUUGACAACUUGGUUUAUUCCUGCUAUCCUAAAGAGUAUCCCGAUACGAUGAUUGCCAAACGAAUGACCGCAGAAAUUGCAGUUGAAGGGCUGCGCGUUUUGGAGUCACGGAAGCGUUUACCCGUCUGCACGUUAACGGACGAGGAAUUCAUGGAUGUUUUCUAUCAGGGUUUGCUCAAGUUUCCAAACGGCAUUGUAGAACACAAACUUCCCGAGUGGUAUGAGAAAACGUUCCAACAGCAGCUGCCUAGCAACUGGUGGUCGCUAGUCAGUGAAUCGUCGAAAAUCCGAGUUGAGUCUGGCCCCAGCAUGAUUAUCGUGUAUGCUAUCAACUCGGACGUUCCAGCUUCGCGGGAACGUCUGGGGGCAUCAACCACGCCAGAUUUGCAGAUGCCGUGGACAUGCGGAUCCCAAGGCUGGAGUAUGUAUAUCACGCACUGCACAUCUGUUUCACAUGUUUGGGGCCAGCUCAUUGGAUGCGCAUACACCAAUGACUUUGAUCAACUCACCCAAGAUCUCAAUGCUUGCAUGGCACGGGUGGAGCUGCGACGUGCUGUGCAGGAUCCAUGUGUGGGUCAGCUAUACGCCGUGCAGCUGAGCGACAGCUGGAAUCGUGUCCGGGUUAUUUCGUUGGAUGUCGAGCAACGUAGUUGCUGCUGCUUCUUUAUAGACUUUGGAGAUAUCUCUUCAUUUGCCUACGAAGAUAUGUUUGAACUCGACACAACGUUCCUGCAAUUGCCCGCGCAGGCUGUGUGUCUGUCUAUGUAUGGCCUGGAAAGCUACCAGGGGCAUCCGCAUGCACAGCUGCAGCUGAGCAAGGAGCUGGUUGGUCGUACAGUUGUGGCUAAGAUAAUGACCACAGAGACGCAAUUCGUCGAGGCCGGAAACAGCACAGGCAAUGCUCAGCAGGCUGCAGAAAAGGAGCCCGCUUGUAUUGUCGCACUGUUUUACGACACAUCAACACCAGAGGAUAUUAAUCUGAAUGAACAGGUUGCUAGACAGAUAAACCGAGCAACGCCGUCGCCUCAGUUGAAACUCGAGCAAAAAUCAAAUCCGGUGAUUGUAUCGCACAUAAACGAUGGGGGUGAUCUUUUUGUGCUGCUGCCUAACGAGGAUCUCAAGUUUGUGCAACGUAGCAUAUCAAAAAUAAUGGCGACAGAUACGGAACAUAAAAAUGCAGCUUUUGCGGAUCUCCAGCACGAUCGGCUAUUCUUUGUGUGCGACGAGUCGGCAGAGGGUAUCAAGCAGUGGCAUCGUGGCAUGCUCACCUACAAGCCAAAGCAAGUGGAUGCUGUUGACGUUUAUGAUGUUUACUAUGUCGAUGAUGGCCGCAUGCGGAAAACACACUUGUCAAAUAUUUAUCGGCUAGAAGCUCUAAACAGAGCUUUAGCUUCAUAUCCGGCGCAGGCGCUGCGUGUCCGCUUACACGAUGUGCCGCCAAUCGAUAACCAAAUGGUUGGUAGAUUGCGCGGUCUGAUGUCGCCCCAGAGCGAAGUUCUGUUAAAAGUAAUGGAGGGCGCCAGCGAUCAGUUGCCAAUGGUCACGAUUCACGCUCGCGGACUGGACGGUCUCUACUUAUGUGUUAACAGUGCUAUUCGUAUGGAGCAUGAGAUACAGAGCUCGGCUCGUCUGGAGCCGUUCGACGAUGGCGGGCUGCACUUUAGUCCCAGUGGACAACUUUUGCGCCGCAGCUCGUUUAGUUCCACCGUGUCUAAUAACAGCACGAACAGCAACGAGGUUACGCCGACUACAACCACAUCUGUGGCGGUCACGCCUCCGAUAUCGCCAAUAAAGAUGGCACCCAUGCUGAAAGCAUACGAGGCUAUACCAGCGGUGGGUGCCUAUUUUGAGGUGCGCGUUGCUCUCUCAGUUAAUCCUGGACACUUUGCGGUUCAGCCAUACAAAUUCUACAAUCAGCUCCAGUCGCUGAUGAAGGAGCUGCAGGCACAUUGUCAGAGCCCGAAGGCGGAGCGUGUGUUGCCCACGCAAUUGCUAGUGGGACAGGCCUAUGCCGCUCUAGAUAGCGAUGGCGUCUAUCAUCGCGUAAUCAUCUAUAAGAUAUACGACGAAAUGAUACAUGUACGCUUCGUGGACUUCGGUGACGAUGGCGUUGUUCGUUGCGACCAGCUGGUCCAGUUACCGAAAGCGAUGUACGAGCUGCCGAAGAUGUCAUUACGAGCGCAGCUCUAUGGCAUUAAGCUGGAAGAUGUGGACUGGACUCAGGAAAAUUGUGUCCGUUUCCGUAAAUUGACGCUAGGUCAGAAGUUCAUUGGCAUUGUGCGCCGUGUGGACAGGGUGAAAGAAGAACUGCGCUCGCUGUGCCUCGAGCUAAUCGAUACCUCAACGCCGCUAGACAUAAAAAUACACGAAAUAUUGAUUAAGGAACAACAUGCUCAGCCUGCGGCAUAGACUACAGCCGACUCUAUUUUUAUGAAUUUAUGUGUUAAAUUUAUUAUCUAUUUCUAAUGCUUAAUAAUUUAUGACGAAACAUUCCGUUGACGACAACUCCUAUAUAAUAAACGCAACAAUAAAUUACUUCGAUAUGCGAAGAACUAUCGAGAAAAUGGA